AUGUCUUCCAUUUGUCCCUCCAAAUCUUUGCUUCCCUCACCCUACCCUCCCGCUCAAGAAAGCUGUAUGGACUACCUCAUUGGGCUUCCUGUGACCUCUGGCAUCUGUUGGUUUGGCCAGUGGUAUCUGCGGCAGGAGAUGGGAGGGAGUAAAGGAAAGUGUGAGGUCAGGGUAUUUUUUUCCUUGGCUCCUUCCCUUCAAGGUGUCUUCAGGUCAGAUGUGUUCCUCAGCCAGAAGUCACUGAACCUCAUGGUGACCAACUCCACACGACUGCUUCCACUUUCCACUGACCUCUCCCUCUCCUUGCCUCUUUGGGCCUAG